AGCGGGUAACUGUAUAAUUCUCCUGACGGAACCGGGCAGAAUAUCUGUAGGCGCUUGAUUUCAAAGCUAAUUUUUGAUUAUAAUUAUUAACUAGCAUCCUUCCCGCCGCGCAAGCCAGUCGCUGAUUAUCAUUUCAUUUGUCAUAGCUAACUAUUGCUCAUCCUCCGUGACUCAAUUCAAGGCGCGUCUAUCCGGUUCCUUCUAGCGGAUGACCUGUGAAGGAUGGCUCAAAUCAUGUAUUCUUCAGCGGGACCCCCCAGAUCGUCUCAGUCAGUUAGUCGCCCGGGUGAUCUCUCCCCAGUGUUCUUGUCGCCGACGCGUGCGCCUUGCACGUGCGAGCCUCAUGACCCAUGGGCAAAGGCUGAGCUCUUAUAACGCGAGGCUUGUUACCAACUGCCCCCCAGGGCGUUUGUUGAGAUGUGUCCUGUUUUCCUCACCAUGAUUAGUGCUUGCCCUGUUGGCAAGCCUUGGGAUCAUUCUCGUCGAGGAGGAACUGACUGAAAUACUGGGUAUUUUGUUGUUGCCUGGGUUGCUCCUGUUUUCUGUUUAGUUAUAGUUCUAGUUGCUCUUACUUUGUGUUGAUAUGCCACACUUAGUUCACCAUCGACGACGCCACUCCUGGCCAUAUUGCGGCCCUGGGACGCAGCUACGUGAACGGCGAAACUUGCCGCUCAUCAUCGCUGAGCAGCAACGCCAAUUCGAACAGCAGUUCUUGACACCCGUGGGAUCUGAGGAUUUGCUCGAGGAUGAUGCCGCAUCGGCGGGUAUCAUUCGUUCCAGAACUGCCCGAACCCAUCGACGUUGGUACGCUCCGUGGGAUUCAGCUUCGCCUGGUGCCCCUUCGCAGGUCACAGGCCAUCAUGCCGGAUCGGGAUCGGGGUCCCUCCGGAAAAUGAUCCGUCCACCCCUGGAUAAGGCGCGAUCACUCUUUGUGCUGCCGACCACGACUACUACUGGAGAAAGUGUGCUCGUUUCAUACUGGAUGCCCCAGGAAGCUCCUGUUCUACCACCUUCAGGUUCGAUUGCUGAAAGGGGAAGAAUUGCUGAUGUUAAGACCGGAGCUGGAUACCUGUCAGUUGAGCGAUAUCAUCGACGAUGCCAUUCGGAGCAGCCUCGGUCGUGGAAAAGGCCCAGCGCUGCGUUGUGGCCGCUGGAAGAGGAGCAAUAGCUUGUUUACACUGUCUGUUAGUCUGUGCUAUUUUUUAUUGAUUAUAUCUCAGUGCUUGUUUUGACAGUUUUUUAACGCAUUGCAUCGCGAGGGUUGAUUUCAUGGCGUUGAAUGGGCAUUCUGCAUGUGAUGAGCUUUGUUGUUGUUGUCGGCGGCUGCUUAUUUGACUCAACAGUAUAGCAAGACCGGUAGGUCAUACCAAGACUAGAUAAUGAAGAAAAGGACGGUCUUCGGAGCAAGACUCGUCGCAGCAUGA